AUGAAGCAACGCUUCUCUUCCUUGGAUGUCCAGGCUAUUGCUCAAGAGCUCUCCUCUUCGCUCUGCGGGCUCCGAGUGACAAAUAUCUAUGACCUUUCCCCGCGAAUAUUCCUUAUCCGGUUUCAUAAGCCCGACCGACGGGAGCAGUUCGUCAUCGAAUCCGGGUUCCGUUGCCAUCUCACCAAGUUCUCUCGAGAAACCGCCGCCACUCCCUCCGCAUUUAUCGCCCGAUUGCGCAAAUCUCUACGUACUAGACGAGUCACAUCCGUUUCUCAAGUAGGAACCGAUCGUAUUCUGGAGUUUCAGUUCUCCGAUGGCUUGUACCGGCUCUUCCUAGAAUUCUAUGCAGGGGGAAAUAUUAUCCUUACGGAUGCCGACUUCAAAGUCAUCACGCCCCUACGCACAGUGGACGAAGGCGCAGAGCAUGAACACGUACGACCUGGGUCCACGUACAAUCUUUCUCUGAGGCAGAAUGUUGAUGGUGUCCCCGAGCUCACCCCCGAACGUGUCCGAGAUGGACUGCAGAACUUCGUUGCUCGAAGUAAAACUAAUCAACCGCAAGGCGCCGGUGGGAAACUCAAAAAGACGAAUAAAAGUAUUUUACGCUCCUCGGUGUCCAGUUUCAUGUUCGAACUUCCUCCCCCACUGCUUGACCAUGCGCUGCAACAGGAGGGAGUCGAUGCUUCCAUGUCACCGGAAUCGGUCCUGUCCAAUGACCAAGCUUUUGAAUCUCUCAUGAACGCACUGAGGAGUGCAAAAGAGGUUUGCCAAAGUAUAACGUCCAGCACACAGCUUAAUGGGUACAUUGUAGCCAAAAACACUCGUCACAAUGGAUCGGCUUCUGCUCAAGAGCUAGACGAUUCUCAUUUCGCGUACGAUGAAUACCACCCCUUCAAACCGUGCCAGUUCGAGACUUCCGAAAACCAUCGUAUUCUCGAAUUUGACGGAUUCAAUCACACCGUGGACCAAUUUUACUCGGCAUUAGAGGGUCAGAAGCUGGAGUCUCGCCUUCACGCACGUGAAGAUGGUGCCAAAAAGAGACUCGAACAAGCUCGCCAAGAUCAUCGUCACCGUGUCGAAGGGCUGCAGAAGGUCCAAGAAACCAAUGUGAGGAAAGCGGAAGCGAUUAAAGCCAACCUUGAGCGAGUGGAGGAGGCUACAAAGGCUAUCAAUUCGCUCAUUGCCCAGGGUAUGGACUGGGUGGAUAUUGAGCGGUUGAUCAAGGCUGAGCAGGAACGUGGCAACCCGACCGCACUAACAAUAAAACCACCCUUGAAGCUCAAUGAGAAUGCGAUCACAUUAAUCCUACAAGAAGUGGGUGAUGGUGACAGCGAGGAGCAAAACAAGUACUGGGAUGCGGACGAAACUGACAGCGAGGAAUCAUCCACCGACCGAGACGCUGAAGACUCUAGCCAACCAAAGCCCUCCGCCAUAGAGGUCGACGUGAGGCUGGAUUUGUCGGGUUGGGCGAAUGCCAGACAAUACUAUGACCAGAAGAAAGUCGCUAGUGCGAAAGAACAACGAACGGUCGAGUCAUCCACGGUGGCCUUGAAGCGGCAAGAACAUAAAAUCCAAGCAGAUCUCAAGCAAGGCCUCAAGCAAGAGAAGGAAAUUUUACGUCCGCUGCGAAAGCAAUUUUGGUUCGAAAAGUUCCUUUACUUCAUCUCGUCCGAUGGGUAUCUUGUUCUUGGCGGCAAGGAUGCUACACAGAACGAGAUCCUGUAUUCGCGUUAUCUGAAGGAUGGCGAUGUCUAUGUACAUGCCGAUCUUCAGGGGGCGCCUUCAGUCAUCAUCAUGAACAAUCCGUCAACUCCGAACGCUCCAAUCCCGCCCUCCACUCUAUCCCAAGCGGGGUCUUUUUCUGUCUGUGGUUCAAGUGCAUGGGAUUCUAAGGCGCCAAUGUCAGCUUGGUGGGUGCACUCGGACCAAGUUUCCAAGACUGCACCAACUGGAGAGUACCUAACUGCUGGAGGAUUCAUGAUCCAGGGGAAGAAAAACUACUUGCCGCCAUCGCAGCUCUUGAUGGGCAUUGGUGUGCUUUUCCAAGUCUCAGAUGAGAGCAAAGUGAGACACAUCAAGGACAGAAUUCAGGACAGUAGAGGCAACAAGGCAUCCGCGCUCAGUGCUGCCACCGGGGACAUGACUGAUGAAGACGAAGAUUUUCCGGAUGUUACCAUUGAUUCCAAGGCCCCUGCGAAGCGCGUUGAAUCUGAUACAGAAGACGACGAUGAUUUCCCGGAUGUGAAAAUUGGUCCGCCUGGCUCCGAGCUGGCUGCUUCGGAGGCGCCGCGUGGACGGACAACUGCACCACCGAUACCUCAAGCUCCUCGAGUACUGCCUGAAGGCAAGGCGCGAGAUAAUAGCCAACCAAAUGGUUCAAUCAUCGACAGUGCUGACGCCAGUGCCAAGGCAAAUGAGGAGCAAGAGGAAACUGUACACGGCCAGCACGAUAGGGUCGAUGGCUCAGAUACGGAUCGUAAUGCUGACAGGGACCAAGUUGACGAAGAGCAGCCAUCAUCCGAGACUACCGGAAGGUUAAACGAUGAGCCCUUCAGCAGACAACCAUCGGUGGCGCCGAGCGUGGCCAAUUCUCAGCAAAAACCCAAUCUUCCGCGAGGAAAGAGGUCGAAACAGAAACGAGCGGCGGCCAAGUAUGCCCAUCAAGAUGAAGAGGAUCGUAAGAUGGCACUACGCCUCCUUGGAGCUCAAGCCAGCCAGGAAAAGGCGCAGAAAGAGUUGGCUGAGAAGAAGCAGAAGGAACUCGAAGCUGCCCGGGACAAGGAGCGUCGUCGAGAGCAACACAAACAGGCUCAAGCGAAAGGGCUAGCUGCGGAAGAAGCUAGGCGACUCCAGCGCGAAAAAGAGUCUGCAUCGGGGGCAGUGGAAAUGGAUGGCGAAGACGCUGUGGAUGAUGAUGAAAAAGCUCGUCUGGAGUCGGUAGGGUUGGAUUCCUUCAUUGGCCGACCUCUGCCGGGCGAUGAACUGAUCGCAGCUCUUCCGGUAUGCGCUCCUUGGACUGCAUUGGCAAAUUUCAAAUAUAAGGUCAAGAUACAACCUGGCCUGGUUAAGAGGGGCAAGGCAGUCAAAGAGAUUGUCGCCGGAUGGGAGCGCGAUUUCAAGAACACCAAGCGCAUCGAUCAUAAGAGCGAGGAUGCAGAUCGAAUUUGGCCUGGAGAAGUUGACUUGAUUCGAGCCUGGAAAGACGCCGAAGUAGUUGGGACCAUUCCGGUGCCAAAGAUGAAGGUCAUGAUGCCAGGAGGAGGUGGCUCGGACAGCAAAGGCGGCGGAUCAGGGAAGAGCAAAGGUAACCCCGGGAGGGGAGGGAGGGGAGGGAAAUCGUCGAAGAAGAAAUGA